CAGGGCGUCCAGAGGAUGCUGAGGCCGGCGGCGGCCUCGGAGCAGCGCUGAGGGGGACGGCCUGCCCCCUCCCCGCGCCUCUGCUCCGGUGCAGGGCCGCCCCGGGGGGAUGAGCAUGGUUGUUUCCCCCUGGAGCACCCUGGCUCUGGAAGUCUGAGCAGAUGCCCACCAUGAGGUUGUUCACUUGCUUCCUGCAGCUCCUGACCGGGCUGGCGCUGCCCGCCGUGCCCCCCCAGCAGUGGGCCUUGUCUGCUGGUAACGGCUCCUCAGAGAUGGAAGUGGUGCCCUUCCAAGAAGUGUGGGGCCGCAGCUACUGCCGGGCGCUGGAGAGGCUGGUGGACGUCGUGUCCGAGUACCCCAGCGAGAUGGAGCACGUGUUCAGCCCGUCCUGCGUCUCCCUGCUGCGCUGCACCGGCUGCUGUGGCGAUGAGAACCUGCACUGUGUGCCGGUGGACACCGUCAAUGUCACCAUGCAGCUCCUGAAGAUCCGCGCUGGGGACCGGCCCUUCUACGUGGAGAUGGCGUUCUCUCAGCACGUGCGCUGUGAGUGCAGGCCGCUGCGGGACAAGAUGAAGCCAGAAUGGAGGAGACUCAAGGGCAGGGGGAAGAGGAAGAGAGAGAAGCAGAAACCCACAGACUGUCACCUGUGCACUGAUGCUGCUCCCCGGAGGUAACCAGCCCCUCGGAGGAGAGACCCCACACCCGGCUCGUGUAUUUAUUUCCGUCACAGUCUCAGUCACCUCCCCGCUGGUCCCUGCCCCUAUUUAUUCGCCAACUGUAGCCCUGCUGAACGACUCACUCCCGCCAGGACAGGGGCAGGGAGGGACAGGACCCUCAGGAACUCAGUGCCUUAAACAGAACGUGAGAGAAAGAAGGAAGCCGGCUGCACACCCGCAGGAGCGUCGCCUGGGGAAGAAGCAAGACGCGUGGCCUUGUGGGGGCGAGCCCCGACCCGGAGGCUCCGGGGGUCUCCAGGGCACUGGAGAGGGAAACAGAGGGGUGCCCACCCCUUGUUCCUGGGCCUCAGGCUCCGCACAGCUUUGGGGGCCCUGGGGGGAGGGAGGUAAGAGGGGAGGGAUCCGGCCACGCCCUCAUCCCCGGACAUGUCCUCCUUGUCCCCGGCUGUAGCUCAGACUGUUCAGCUCUGGUGGGUGGAGCCUGCCUGGGGGCUUUUGCCCAGGAGAGCCCCCCGUGGUUGUCCUCACAUAUUAUCACCCGCUUGUUGCAGACAGAGCUCUUCCCAGCUGAGGCCUCCCACCCUGCAGGGACACAGGCAGAGUGGGCCCCAGGCUGGACAGGGAGCAGCCGGGCAGUGCGGAUGAGGUCACCAGGGGGAGGGGCCCCUGUGUCCUAGCCCCGUGGCCAUGGCAAAGGGAGCAGCUCCCCCCGUGGUCCAUGAGCCCCACCAAGCCUCCCCUGCGGGCCCUCAGACUGCCAAGGCAGAUUCUCUUGAAUAAAGUAGUAUGGAAGCAGCUUGUCUGGCGUGUGUCUGCCCCAGCAGAAGAUGGGAGUGGGACAGAUGAAGCAGGACAUGGGGGAAGGGACACAUCACCUGUUCAGAGCCUCAGUUUCCUCAUCUUAAA